GAGAAACCCCCUCGCCGCUCCUGCCUCUCUCUCUCACCCUCUCCCCCACGGCCACGGCCGGCGGCCGCGACCGAGCGCCACUGCUGCCAGCUACGGCCUGCAUCUGCCUCUCUCCGCAGCCAGGGCUUCAGUUCUUGACCGCCGCCGACGCCGCACCCGCCCGAACCCUGCUCGUCCGCCGCCGUCCCACCUCUUAACCUCAUUCCUCCCCGCAAUCUCGGACGCCGGUUCCCAAGGGAAAAUGAGUGGUGCUCCAAAAAGGUUGCAUGAGGAAGGUAGCCACUCUACACCUGCUAAACGACAUUUGGACGAGAGCAGCCUAUACUCGAGCCCUUCUGGGAAACUCAUUCAACCUGGCAGCAGUGAUUUCCAUGUUUCUUCUGAACAUGAUGGAAGAUCUGCCAAAAUACAACGUCUUGAGUCCCGUGAUGAUAAGAGCUCAUCUCUGGCACAUCGGAUGCCUGUUGGCUCUUCCAAUUUCGUAGACAAUUCAACUUCAUCUGAGAGCAGAUCAGAAGCAAAACAAAAUGAUCGUGAGAAGGAUUCUGCCAAGAAGGAAUCAUUUGUAGCAGUUGACAAGGAGAAUUUAAUACUAGAGAAAAAAACAUCUGAUGCAGCUGUUAAACCUGCUGAGCAUGAAAAUACUGCUGCUGAAAUGAAGACACUUAAAGAUGACACAUGGAAAUCUCAUGUUAGAGAUCCUAAGGACAAGAAAAGAGAGAAGGAUGUGGAUAGAGUGGACCGGCAUGACCAAAGUAGCAAAUAUAAUGACAAAGAAUCAGCUGAUACUAGUCCUGUAGGAGAUACAGAGAAAGAUAAAGAUACUUUUGAAAGUAUUCAGGGAAGGAGGAUGGCACAGUCAAAGGGAGGUAGUCAAGUAUCUCAACGGGAACCUCGGUUUCGGUCCAAAAUGCGUGAUGAAGGGUCUCCAGGUCAGUCAGAUAUCUUCCUUUCUAGCUGAAUAAAAUGGAAGAAUGGAUAGUGACGCUUCUUUCAAAAGUGGAGUAAUCAAAAGCUUAGCGCCUAGAUGAUUUUUACAUUUCCUUGUCAUAAAGUUUCAGUGCAUAUUGAGGUUGUAGUGCACAUUUUCAUACCGCGAGAUUUCGGUGCUCUUACGUAUCCACUUCAGUAUUUGAAAACCCUUUACAUUUGAGCUGAUCAAUUUUAUAUUUUGCACAUGCAUAUUUUUGCCCUGUCUAACUUUUGGCUAAAUCCAGGUGGCGCAAAAAAAUAUUAAUUACACGAUCCAUUUAUUUGAAUUUCCUUUUACAUAGAAAUCAUUGACGAGAAUCCAGUUUCAAGCUGCAUGAAAGUAUUUUCUUUUUCAAUGGUCUACACGCGUGCUAGCUUUAUAUUUGUAAUCCCAGUAUUCUCGUUGGUGUAGGUAAGUCUGAGGUAUCUGCUAUUAUAUAUAAAGCUGGGGAAUGCGUGCAAGAGCUUCUGAAAUCAUGGAAAGAGUUUGAAGCAAUCCCAGAUGCUAAAACUGCUGAGAAUCAACAAAAUGGUCCUACACUCGAGAUUCGGAUACCUGCAAAGUUUGUUACUUCCACUAAUCGGCAAGUAAAAGGUGCUCAGCUUUGGGGCACAGAUGUUUAUACAAAUGAUUCAGACCUUGUUGCUGUGCUAAUGCAUACUGGUUACUGCUCUCCGACAUCAUCACCUCCGCCUUCUGCUAUCCAAGAAUUACGUGCAAGUGUUCGUGUUCUACCACCACAAGACAGCUAUACUUCAACACUAAGGAACAAUGUCCGCUCACGUGCUUGGGGUGCUGGAAUUGCUUGUAGCUUUCGCAUAGAACGCUGCUGCAUUGUUAAGAAAGGUGGUGGUACCAUUGAUCUUGAGCCUCACCUUAGACAUACAUCAGCUGUGGAGCCUACACUUGCUCCAGCUGCAGUGGAGCGUACAAUAACAACAAGAGCAGCGGCUUCGAAUGCAUUACGUCAACAAAGGUUUGUUCGGGAAGUCACUAUAGGGUUCAAUCUCUGCAACGAGCCAUGGUUAAAGUAUAGUAUCAGCAUUGUGGCGGACAAGGGAUUUAAAAAGUCGCUUUAUACCUCUGCAAGGCUGAAAAAGGGUGAAGUCAUAUACUUGGAAACACACUUCAAGAGUUCCCACAGGUACGAGCUGUGCUUUAGUGGAGAGAAACCUCGCUCUGUCGGGCCAAACUCCAAUGCAUCAGACAUAGAAGUGGAAAAGAACAGGGACAGGGGUGAGCAUGAGCACCGGGACGUGUUCCGGUGGUCACGCUGUAAGAAAGCCAUGCCCGAGAUAGCCAUGAGAUCUAUUGGUAUCCCGCUGCCAGCUGAGCAUGUUGAGGUACUGAAGGACAAUCUGGAUUGGGAGGAGGUGCAGUGGUCGCAGACCGCCGUCUGGGUUUCCGGGAAGGAGUAUCCCCUCGCCCGAGUGCAUUUCCUCUCAUCGAACUAGCGGCGCAGCUCUGGAUAGACUCUGCUAGCAACAAGCCGUCUGUGCUGGCCCUUGAAGAAGAAACUAGAUUCGCUAAACAAGACUGGAGCUUCUAUGCUUCUUCAGUGCUGCUGCUUUCCACCCAUGUUUCAAUGUGUGAUGCCAUCUUCUCUGCACAGAAAGAAGGAAGAUAAGCUGUGUGUGCGUUAUUGUAGACUGGCUUUUAGACAUCAACCAUCAUGUCUGAGAUGUAAUUCUUAGUUCUUGAUCUGGGAAUCCUGAAUGAUUAUUAUUCACUGAUUGAUUAUCCAUACUUUAAACCAUAUAUGAUUGAAUGAUUA